AAGAGGUUAUGCGCAGUUUAAAAUUACAAACUUGUCAAAUGAAAAAAACUAAACAACAAAAACGAAUAUUUCCCAAAUUUUCUUCUAAUUUCUCCUCUUUUUUAUUAAUUCUGUGCAAAAAGUGCGUUAAGAACCAGCAUAAUGCCAUGCGAAAUGAUAACUUUGCAACUGGGCCAGUGCGGCAACCAGAUUGGUUUUGAGUUCUGGAAGCGUCUUUGUACAGAACAUGGCAUAAAUCCUGAAGGUAUACUCGAAGAUUUUGCAACUGAAGGCAUAGACAGAAAGGAUGUCUUCUUCUAUCAGGCAGAUGAUGAGCACUACAUUCCAAGAGCAGUGCUUCUUGACUUGGAACCAAGGGUUAUAAAUACAAUCUUAAACUCGCCAUAUUCUAAACUUUAUAAUCAGGAGAAUGUAUUUUUGUCUAAGAAUGGAGGUGGAGCUGGAAAUAACUGGGCUUCUGGCUAUUCGCAAGGUGAAAAGCUAAAUGAAGAAAUUUUUGAUAUUAUUGAUAGAGAAGCAGAUGGCAGUGACAGCCUGGAGGGUUUUGUCCUGUGCCACUCUAUAGCAGGCGGUACUGGCUCUGGCAUGGGCUCAAAUAUUCUGGAAAAACUCUCAGACAGAUUUCCAAAAAAGCUAGUGCAAACAUAUAGUGUUUUUCCAAAUUUAGAUGAAAUAAGUGAUGUAGUAGUUCAGCCAUAUAACUCCCUACUCACCUUAAAAAGACUUACAGAAUCAGCAGAUUCAGUGGUAGUUCUUGAUAAUACUGCCCUUAACAGAAUCGCAGCUGACAGACUUAAAAUUCAAAACCCCACGUUCACACAAAUCAACAGUUUGGUCAGCACAAUCAUGUCUGUAUCUACCACCACUUUAAGGUACCCUUCCUAUAUGAACAAUGACCUCAUGGGUCUUUUAGCCCCCUUGAUCCCAACCCCUCGUCUUCAUUUCUUAAUGACCGGCUACACCCCCUUAUCUACAGACACAGACGAAGCUAGUGUCCGAAAAACUACAGUUUUGGACGUUAUGAGGCGUUUGCUGCAGCCCAAGAAUAUGAUGGUUUCCACCGCUCAGGACAGGAGUUCCCAGCACUGUUUCAUCUCUAUUUUAAAUAUUAUUCAGGGUGAGGUUGAUCCCACUCAGGUGCAUAAAUCUCUGCAGAGAAUUAGGGAAAGGAAACUGGCUCAGUUUAUUCCUUGGGGACCUGCCAGUAUACAGGUGGCACUGUCUAGGAAGAGUCCAUACGUGUCUACUGCGCAUAGGGUGUCUGGGCUUAUGUUAGCGAAUCACACAAAUAUUAGUUCGCUUUUUGACCGAGCCCUGAUCCAAUACGACAAACUGCGUAAACGCGAGGCCUUUUUAGAUCAAUUCAAAAAAGAAGAAAUGUUCAAAGAAAACCUUGACGAGUUAGAUUCGAGCAGGGAGGUCGUGCAAGAUCUCGUAGACGAAUAUAUCGCUGCUACUAGAGAAGAUUAUUGUAACUAAAAUUUAGUUAAUAAGAGCACCGAUCAUGACAUUUUAAAUAAAAACAAUAGAACUUUUAAAAGACAUAUUUUGCAAGUAUUGUAACCUCACUACAUACUGUUUUAUAUUUAGUCAUAUACUGCUCAAGUAUUUUGCUAAAAUUAUUAAUUUGUUCCAUCCAAUAAUAGUUAUAGUUGCACAAAUCCAUUAUGUAUUAGUUUCAUAUUUUUGAUAUCCUUAAAGACUAUAUAAUAUUUUGGCCUUGUCAUCUGUAUCAGUUGUGCCAUAUGUUUUGGAAUCUGAAAUAGUUUUUGUACUAAUAUAUGUUAGGUGAUAUUUAUUGAUAGUUGUUGCCAUUUGAUUAUUAGUAUAUUUUUGAGUUAAUAAAAGUUGGCCUUUA